AUGGCGCCGCCACCUUCCUCGUUUUCCCCAUCGAUACAAUCCAUCCAUCCCGCAGCUUCCCCUCGAUCCCGCCGCCUCCUUGCUCGGGAGAGAAAAGGCUCGACCCCGAGCCUCCCGUGCACCUCCACCUCCCUGCCGGAGCAGCACCAGCCACUCCCCACUGCUCGCAGCCGCCUCCCCUCCCGGCUCCCGUGCGUGUCCAGCACCAAAGGAGAGGAGCUCCUCGAGCCCUCGAUCCAGCGGGCAGGUGCCCGAGUGCCUCCUCACCUCGUCCCCGUCGCCGCUGCCUGCCUCGCCUCCUGCCAAGAGCCUCCCUCACCUGCGGCCUCCUCCCCGACCCCGCGCCAAGUUCGUCGUCGAGCUGCGCUGCCGCCUGGAGCUUCUUCGCCGGAGGCCUUCGCCUCGUCCGGAGCCACCAUGUUUGUCCUCCCCGUCCCUGCCGUUCGUGCCGCCGGAUCGGGUCGCCUCCGCUCGGCUCCUCUCGCCCGAGUGCCCUUGCCCGCCUCCCGCCGCAGGGCCUCGUCUCUGCUUCGAGCAGAGGAACGAAGCUGUCGCCGCCUGCUUCGUCAGUUCCAGGACGCGAGCGCUGCUCGUGUUGACCGCGCCCUGAACCCCCCCAAGCUCGUAGAUGCCCGGCGCCUGAGGCCUCCUGCCUCCCUGAUGCUCGUCGCCGAGCACCGGUGCCCUCGCCGGAAACCAUCCGCGCUGCCCGCCAAGUCCUGCGCCUCUGCUUCGCUCACCUGA